CAGAGAGGCAGGCACAUCCGCCGCUGGAGGGAUCAAAUCUGUACCAUCUGACGCUCAAGGAUUUAUGGGUUUAGUCAAAAUUGCUUUUCCCACUGUGGAGAUUAAGCACCGUAGGAUGUUUUCCACUCAGGCCGUAGAAUAGCUCAGUGUAGCUGCUGCUGCUGUUGCUGUUUUUCCUCCCUCUUAUCGGCUCCGGCACUGGAGAAGGGAAUGUCUCAGGAAGGCAGAGUGCUCCGAACCCUUGAGGGGAGUAGAUUCUGACUGACAGGAGAGGUCCGUCCUCUGGGGAAUGUGAACCAUGCAGGUGGAUGCUCUUCUUGUGCUCUUCUGUGUUUGGCUGGCAGGUGCAGCUGGGAGGAUAGCCCAGUCGAGGGGUCACAAACUGGAGACCUACAAACAGAGCAGGUCGCGAAGAGAGACCAGAAUGGAUGGGGGCGGAGGUCACAAAUCCGGAAGCCCGAUUUACAAAAGAAGCCCAGAUAUGACAAAAUCUCUGAUGACAAAAUCGGAGCAGCUGCUGAGAAUAGACGACCAUGACUUCACCAUGAGGCCGGCGUUCGGAGGUCCUCCAAUCCCUGUUGGAGUAGAUGUUCAGGUUGAAAGUCUGGACACCAUUUCUGAGGUGGACAUGGACUUCACCAUGACGCUGUACCUGCGUCACUACUGGAAGGACGAGCGGCUGUCGUUCCCGAGCACCAACAACCAGAGCAUGACCUUUGACAGCCGCCUGGUGAAGAAGAUUUGGGUUCCUGACAUGUUCUUCGUCCACUCCAAGCGCUCUUUUAUCCACGACACCACAACGGAUAACGUCAUGCUGAGGGUUUACCCCGACGGCAACGUCCUCUACAGUCUCAGAGUCACUGUCACCGCCAUGUGCAACAUGGACCUCAGCCGCUUCCCUCUGGACACACAAACCUGCUCGCUGGAGAUCGAGAGCUAUGCAUACACAGAUGACGACCUGAUGUUGUACUGGAAGAAAGGCAACGAAUCCCUGAACACGGACGACAGAAUAUCUCUGUCUCAGUUCCUCAUCCAGAAAUUUCACACCACCACCAAGCUGGCUUUCUACAGCAGCACAGGCUGGUACAAUCGUCUGUACAUCCACUUCACCCUGCGGCGCCACAUCUUCUUCUUCCUGCUGCAGACCUACUUCCCUGCUACUCUGAUGGUCAUGCUGUCCUGGGUGUCCUUCUGGAUCGACCGCAGGGCCGUCCCCGCCAGGGUGCCACUAGGCAUCACCACCGUGCUGACCAUGUCCACCAUCAUCACCGGGGUCAACGCCUCCAUGCCGCGGGUCUCCUACAUCAAAGCAGUAGACAUUUACCUCUGGGUCAGUUUUGUGUUUGUCUUCCUGUCGGUGAUAGAGUACGCGGCAGUCAACUACCUCUCCACCGUACAGGAGAGGAAAGAGAGGAAGCUGAGGGAGAGACUGCCGUGUACAUGCGGCAUUGGCAACCCUGACGAGAUGAUGAUCGACCCCCAGAUCACUGGCUACGGGUCCAUGGAUAUCAACACCACGGGUAAUUAUGGGAUGCCCGAGAACGGUGGCCGCCAGGAUCGCAUGUUGGCUCAGGUGUCGCUGAACGACCCGCAGCUGGCAAGCCAGGUGAAGCCCUCCAGAGGCUAUGUGAACAUUUGGAUAGACACCCACGCCAUAGACAAGUACUCCAGGGUUGUGUUUCCUGGAGCGUACAUCCUCUUUAACAUCAUCUACUGGUCCAUCUACUCGUAACCCGGGAUACAGCAGUAGCUCCUCUGUGGGAGUCGUCCACGAUGAGACUCCAGGAGUUGCGUUUGAUGCUUUUCAGCCAGAGAAACUGCACGUCAGAUGCAUGGGGACCAUGGACAGAUUGGUGACCACUGCCUUCUCGACCCAGCCACUUAAAACUGAAGAUAUGACCAACAGGACAGUCGUCGUUGUCGUCGUUGCUGGUUUUGUCACGCUAUCAAACUAUGUGGUUUCAUGUUGUAACUUUAGUGCUGUUGAUGGAGAGACAUUUGGAUAUUGUUGUCGCCUGAGGACUUACUGUACAGAGAGACGCACAAACGUGGACAUGUGUAAACCGCCGUGCAGUUUAACUCAGUGACAUUUCAGUUCUUGAUGCAGUGACUCUUUGACCACAUUUUCAGUAAAAAAAAAGGACUCCUCACAUUGUAGUGUAUGAACAGAUUCCUUUUCCUUUGCAUAUGAACAUGACUUGACAAUCAGUGGCAAACUAAAAAUACUGUAAGAAAUAUUUGGGCUUAUUUGCUUUUUGUUGGAGAGUUAGAUUGACACCACUCUCAUGUCUGGACCUGGAGUCUUUACUCUCUCUUCUAUAAUUGCCAGUUUUUGACUGGGAAGAUCUGUAUAAGUC